GUCUCCCACGAAGGCAUCUGUUUCAGUCUGUCUCUCUGUGAGAUGCAGCACCAACAGAGGAGAGAGGGCGAGACAAAAGGAGGGAGGGAAGGAUAAGAAAGGAGAAGAGAGAGGAGGGAGACAGAGCAGAGAGGAAGAGGAGAGUGGAAGGACUGAGAUUUAAAGAAAAGAGUGAAGAGACAGGAAGCAAUCUAGAGAGGAUGCUGCUGCAGCUUCUGAGGAGUUUGGGCUCGGACACAACAGAGAUGCAGCAUCCAAGAGUGUGAGCAGCUUCCAGUCAGUGUGUGUGUGUCUGUGUGUGUGUUUGUUGGUGUGUGUGAAGCCAUGGCGAGUGCUCAGCCGGGGGUCCAUGCGUUGAAACUCCAGCCUCCCUCCGUCUCUGCCACGCUGAGGAACGGGAGCAACUUCAUAAAAUGGGACGAGGAUCUGUCCACUGUGAAUCCAGUGACGCUUCACGUGGAUCCUCAUGGAUUUUAUCUCUACUGGACGGACCAAAAUAAGGAGACAGAGCUGUUGGACCUAACCUUUGUUAAAGAUGUCAGAACAGGGAGGAGCACCAAAACCCCAAAGGAGGCCAAGCUGCGGGAGCUGCUGGAUAUCGGCAAUCUGGUUGGCCGACUGGAGAAUCGCAUGGUCACCGUGGUUACGGCCUCGGACCUGGUGAACGUCAACCAGCUGAACUUCAUCGCUUCACAGGAGGACGAGGCCAAGGUGUGGUGCGAGGAACUGUUUUCUCUGUCUUCCAAUCUGCUGAGUCACAAUCUCAACAGAGACCACAGUCUGUUGAAAGCGUACGUCAGGUUGACCCUCCAGCCGAACGCGGAGGGGAGGAUCCCCGUGAAGAACAUUGUUCGCCUGUUUUCUUCAGACAGGAAGAGAGUAGAGAACUCCUUGGAGAACUGCAAGCUGCCCUACGGACGGGGCGACAGCAUCAAACUGGAGGACUUCACGCCCGAAAUCUACAGGAGCUUCUUGGAGAGCCUGUGUCCUCGCCCUGAGCUCAGCAGCAUCUUCAAACUGCAAGGGUGGGAUGACCGGACGCUGUCUCUGGAUCAGAUGACAGACUUCAUCAACAACAAGCAGAGAGACCCCCGCCUCAAUGAGAUCCUGUACCCCCCCCUCCGGCCUGCACAGACUCACUCUGUGAUGGAGAGACACCAGCAGGACCAGGAUCAGCUGAAGAAAGGCGUGAUCUCCCUGCAGGCGCUCUCCAGUUAUCUCUCCAGCGAUGAGAACGGGAUCAUCCCUCCGGAGAAACUGGAUCAGUCUGAAGACAUGAGCUUCCCGCUGUCGCACUACAUCAUCAACUCCUCACACAAUACAUACCUGACAGCGGGUCAGCUGGCGGGCAGCUCCUCGGUGGAGAUGUACAGGCAGGUCCUGCUGGCCGGGUGCCGCUGCGUGGAGUUAGACGUCUGGAAAGGACGGACGGCGGAGGAGGAACCGGUCAUCACGCACGGCUUCACCAUGACCUCGGAAAUCUCCUUCAAGGAAGUGCUAGAAGCCAUUGCAGAGUGUGCCUUCAAGACCUCACCGUUCCCUGUCAUACUCUCCUUUGAAAACCACGUGGACUCGUCGAAGCAGCAGGCUAAGAUGGCUGAAUACUGUCAAUCUAUUUUCGGAGACGCGCUGCUGAUGGAGCCUCUGGACAAAUACCCUGUGGAGGCGGGCGUCCCCCUGCCCAGUCCUCAGGAGCUGAUGGGAAAAAUUCUCAUCAAAAACAAGAAAUCCCACAAACCCUCCGCCAACACGGACACCAAGCGACUGACGGACCAAGCGGCCAAUCAGAGCAACGAAUCGGCGUCUCCUAGCAACAACACGGGAGUGUCAGCCGAACACACAGGGUCAGGUUUACAGCUGUUUGAUGUUAACAAACGAAGAAGAGUGGAUCAAGAGACGAUGAGGAUGAAGACUUGUUUAACUUUAAUUUUAACAGAGAUGGAGGCUGAGAGUGAGGAAGAGGAUGAUGAUGAAGAUGAUGAUGGUAAAAAGGGCUCAGCCGAGCGGGAGGCCGUGGCCACAGAGGAGAUGUCCACUCUGGUGAACUACGUCCAGCCAACCAAGUUCAACUCCUUCGAAGCUUCAAAGAAGGCAGCCCGUUGUUACCACAUGUCGUCCUUCGUGGAGACCAAAGCUCUGGAGCAUCUCACAAAGUCACCGGUGGAGUUUGUGGAAUAUAAUAAAUCCCAGCUGAGCCGGAUCUACCCAAAAGGAACCCGAGUGGAUUCCUCUAACUUCAUGCCCCAGCUCUUCUGGAACGCCGGCUGUCAACUCGUGGCUCUCAAUUACCAGACUAUAGAUUUGUCCAUGCAGCUGAAUCUCUUCAUGUUUGAGUACAACGGUCGCAGCGGCUACAGACUGAAGCCGGAGUUCAUGAGGCGGCCGGACAAACACUUCGACCCGUUUGCAGAAAACACGGUGGACGGCAUCGUCGCUAACACCCUCUCUGUGAAGGUGAUUUCAGGACAGUUCCUGACUGAGCGGAGGGUGGGUGUGUACGUGGAGGUGGACAUGUUCGGCCUUCCUGCAGACACCAGGAGGAAAGCCCUGAAAACUAAAACGUCUCAGAACAACAACGCCAUCAACCCGGUGUGGGACGAGGAACCCAUCAUCUUCAAAAAGGUGAUUCUUCCCACUCUGGCCUCGCUGAGGAUCGCUGCUUUUGAGGAAGGAGGGAAGUUCAUCGGUCAUCGGAUUAUUCCAGUGUCUGCUAUCAGACCAGGUUAUCGUUACAUCAGCCUGAGGAACGAGAAGAAUCAGUCUCUGAUUCUGCCAGCUGUGUUCGUCUACAUCGAGGUCAAGGACUACGUCCCAGACACCUUUGCAGAUGUGAUCGAGGCUCUGUCCAACCCGAUCCGAUACGUGAACCUCCUGGAGCAGAGGUCCAAACAGCUGGCCGCUCUGACGCUGGAGGAUGGGGAGGAGGACACACAAACUGAGGAUGAAGCAGAUACCUGUGCAGAGCGUAAGGCUGAUCUGAAACCAGCUCCUCAGGAGAAUGGGUUAAGCCCCGCCCCCGGUCCUACAGGCCACACCCCCAUCACCACCACGCCCAAAGCCUCCGCAGCCAAUCAGCAAUCAGCUUCGACAGAAGCAGCCAAACCAGCAGCAAAGACUGAAGAUCUGGUGUUGAGUGUUUUAAUAGAUGUCCCGGUGUGCUCGAUGGAGGCUCUGCAGCAGUCCAAGGUUUACCAGAAGGAGCAGCGGCGUCAGUUCAAGGAGCAGAAGGAGCUGGUGAGGAGGCACCAGAAGAAAACCUCCGAACUGCUCCGAGAAAUCAACAACAAGUACAAGAAGACGGCCCGCCAGUGCAGCAAGAGCAGGGCUUCGGGUUCGGACGUUGAGAAGGACGAGCGUCUGCAGCAGCUGAGAGACGAGCAGCAGCAGCAGCUCCUGGCUCUGAGGCAGGAGCAGUACUACAGCCAGAAAUACCUGCAGAGAGAACACAUCAAAAUGCUGACAGAGAGGCUGGGCAGUCUGGCUGAGGAGAGUCACAACACGCAGAUGAAGAAACUCAAAGACAUCUGCGACAAGGAGAAAAAGGAGCUGAAGAGACAGAUGGAUCGAAGGAGAACAGAGAAGAUCAACCAAGCGAAGACCAAAGAGAAACAUCUGGCAGAAGAGGAGAAGACCGAGAUCAAUAAAUCCUACGUCAAUGAAGUCGUCCAGAACAUAAAACGGCUGGAGGAGACUCAGACGAAGCGCCACGAUCAGCUGGUGGAGCAGCACAACGAGCUCCUGCAGGAGAUACAGGACCUGAAACCAAAGCUGCAGGGAGCGGUGGAGGCGGAGUUCCAGGAGAAGUUUCAGUGUUUGCCCGGAGAGAUCGAAGACUUCCUGCAGGACAGGAAGGCCGAGGUCCGGAGUCACAGCAAGUCCCGCUCAUCCACUCCCCACGAGGGUCUGUCGGAGGAGGACUGAGGGGGAAAUGUGAGGAAUGGAGAAAGCACAGAAGGAUCAAAAAUACCAGGAAGGGAGAGACUGUUACUUUACUUUCUCAUGGGAGAAUGCUUUAAUGAUUUAUUUUCUACUUCCAUUCAAGCAUGCACUUUCAGCGUUUAAUCCAAACUUCUUUUGUUUAGUUAUUUUGACAGACAAUCUAACAACCCAACUGCUUGAACUGCAUGACAUCUAUCUAUCUAUCUAUCUAUCUAUCUAUCUAUCUAUCUAUCUAUCUAUCUAUCUAUCUAUCUAUCUAUCUAUCUAUCUAUCUAUCUAUCCAUCUAUCCAUCUAUCCAUCUAUCCAUCUAUCCAUCUAUCCAUCCAUCCAUCCAUCCAUCCAUCCAUCCAUCCAUCCAUCCAUCCAUCCAUCCAUCCAUCCAUCCAUCCAUCCAUCCAUCCAUCCAUCCAUCCAUCCAUCCAUCCAUCCAUCCAUCCAUCCAUCCAUCCAUCCAUCCAUCCAUCCAUCCAUCCAUCCAUCCAUCUAUCCAUCUAUCCAUCUAUCCAUCUAUCCAUCUAUCCAUCUAUCCAUCUAUCCAUCUAUCCAUCUAUCUAUCUAUCUAUCUAUCUAUCUAUCUAUCUAUCUAUCUAUCUAUAGAUAUCUACCUGACUUUAAUGUGCAUACUGUACACUUCUCAUUGGAAAAAACACACACACCUACAGAAGUGCAUCUAAUUUCCUGUAAUAUUUCAAAAGAUAAUCGACCUUUUCUUUCUUCUGUUUCUUAAAUUAAUGAUUCAUUUAGAAGCCGACAGUCAUCUGUACAAAAAACCCAUAUUCAGAAUAUGUUGAAUUUCUUAUUUUAUGAUGAUUUUGAGUGAUCAAUAAUCUGAAUGAGUUUAAUCUGAAUGCAGAUACUAAGGAAACAGGUUCAGUUAAUAUAUCUGUACUCUGUAUUUUACAAGGUUUAUGCUAUGGACGGGAAACUUUAUUGCAUCAUCAAAUAGUUUGAGUAUGUUUUUAUUUAUUUAUGAGGAUCUUGAGUAUUGUAUCUCAAAGUUAAGACAUCAUAGCAUGACUGUUAGACAAAGCAGCAUCCAAUCAUGGAUUUACCGACAGCUGGAAGAGCCUCGAAGUCUGCUGCAUGAUUUAUUUGUUCCGAUGUGAAAGAUUCUGAUGAUCUAUUUAUUUAUUUAUUGUUAUUAUCCUCACGAUUAAGAAUAGAGAACAUAUACACUUUAUAAAACCGUUGGAAGAAGAAGAACAUGCUUUUUUUCUUGAUUACUUUUUCUGGCAAAUGGCAGAAUUGUAUCUUUUGUCUGCAUCUUAUUUAUUUCUGAAGUCUACCUUUUUUGUAAAAUAAUGUAAAAUGAAUUUGGCUCGUCACCUUUUGUACAGUGAUCUUCCAGAAACACAUCCUCCAUGUUUUGUUGUCUUCUGGACUAAAGCUGCUGCGUUCAACCAUCUUUUUGCAGGGGAACACUUCAUCAGAUUUAAGCUCCAGUUGAUUGAGAUUAAAAACCAUAUACUGACAUUUUAAAGCCCACAUGUUACCUCUGUAUUCUGCUAACACUUUAGAUGAUCUGGUACAAACAUGUUAAAGUCUGCACAGUUCUCCAACGAAACGCCUUGUUGAACGCAGCCUGCUUUAGUGAUUGAACUGAGCAUGCUUUACUGUCUUCUCCGAAUUGUUUCCUGAAUGCUAUUUUAA